AUGGACAACAUCGACGACGAAUAUGAACGGCUUGUAGUACAUUUUCACGACUGUACGAGGAAAGCGAAGAGUUUCAAAACCGCCAAGAGACGCCUGUCUCAGAAAACUCUAGAGCUGAUACGUCAGCGUGUAGCUGCACCAGCUGCAAGCAACCAAGAACUCACGUCCGAGCUCGCAAGACUUUGCAGAGAGGCGAUAAAGGAAGACCUUAAAGAGAGGAGAGCAGAAAUGUUGGCUGAAGCUGCAGAGACGGGACAGAGCAUUCACUACGUCCGUCGGAACUUUGUCAAUCGUAAAACGACAAUGAAUGCUCUCCGGACCUCAGAUGGAGCAACUAAUGUGUCGAGAAUGGUGAUGGAAGAGGUCAUUCUCGACUUCUACUCAGAUCUCUUCAACAUCCACGUCCACUUGCCUUCUCACCAUCCGAAGGAGGAUGGACAUGUCAUUCCAGGGGUCCUCCCUUCCGAUGCCCGACAUGUCAUCAUGUCGGUGAAGAAUCGUACUUUACUCGGUCCAGGCAAAAUCAAGCCUGAACAUCUGAAGUACCUACAGCCUGUCCUCAUCAACAGAAAGGCGAGGCUCUUCACUCGUUAUCUGUCGCAAUGCAAGGUUCCUAGACUAUGGAAAACCAGCAAGACCGUGCUGUUGCAUAAGAAGGGAGACUCACAGGACAUUUACAACUAUUGA